AAAAAAUUCCCAUAAAUUGUUGAAAAAUGUCAAAAGUGAAAUAAAAAUAAUAAUUUGACAACAGUACAAAAAAAAUGAAAUAACGAUUAAAAUUUUUCUUUAUGCCACCAGAACUAACGAAUAAAAUAAAACUCAACGAGUGAAAAAUGCGAGUGAUCUUUUAAAAACAGCUGAGUGCAAAUUCGUUAUUAUAUAUAAAAGAGCUAAAGCGAAAAAAGGAAAAUAAAAGAAGAAAACCAACGAAACAUUCCAAUACUUAAAAGAGAAGAGUGUUUAACAAAACAAAAAAAAAAAGAGAGAAUAAAAGAAAAAAUGGAACAAAUAUUUUAAUUUAAGUGAUAAAGAAAACAAGAAAAGUGUAAGAAAUUCAAUAAAAAGGAAGCACGACACAUUAUAUAUUGGAGAAAUUAAUUUAGAAAAAAAAUGUGAAAACAAACUUCGAAAAUUUACAAAAAAUUAAUAAAAUUUUCUUUAAAUAUAUAGUUUUACAACAAAUUACACGCGUCAGAGAUAUAAAGCAGCAUUAAAGCAACAACAAUUUCUGGAAUUUUACCAAGUCAACACACAACAACAACAUCUUUAACAAAAACAACUGCAAAGAUUUUUUUAUGCAUUGAAGAAGAAAAAAAAGAGUUACUACAUGAAACACGUCCAAUUAUUUAUAACAUCAAACUAAAUUAAAGCAACAAUUAAAGGCAGAAUUUUAUAAAAUACAAUUUUAUUCCAACUCUCUUCUAUCUGUCUGUCUGUCUGUCGGUCGGUGCGUUGCAGCAACAAUAAUAACAUCAAAAACAACAUCAUCUCACCAGACAUUGUAAAAAGAUUUUCUUUUUUUUACAAACAAAAAUAAACUAAAAACAAACUCUGCCUUAAAAUAACAACGCAACUACUAAAUAUAAUGGAUUACUCUCUAAAUAAGUGUUGAAAAAAAUUGUUUAAAAGAGAGAUAAACCAAGGAAACUACAGUCUGCCUUAAAGAAAAAUUAUCAAAAGUGGCAGAAAUUGUUAUUAAAAUCAAAAUUUUUGUAAAGAGAGUAAAAAAUCAACUAGAACGUCCUUUAAAAAGAGCUUGCCAAAGUCAAACAAUCAAAAUUCUCCCGUCUAAAGUCAAACUUCAUCAUCACACACCACAAAACCACCUGAUAAGAUCUAGUCUGAUCGGUCGGUAGGUUCAAAGCAUCAACACAACCAACAAAUCAACGUAGGCUUCCAUGCUUAAAAACACCCAAAAGAAAUCUUAAAACCCUAACAAACUGAAGCUGUUAGAAACUUCCCCAUAAACAACAUUAUAGAAAAACAACAUUGUGUCAAACACAGCAAUAAAAAAAAAUUGCAAUUAUAGAAAAAAAACAUAACGGAACGGAACUGCAAUCAAACUCCCCAAUAUAAAAAAGACGAAAUCUAAUUUAUUUUUUAGAAGAUCAGUUAAGAAAAAAAAAACUUCCACAAAUAGAGAGAAAAACAAAUUUCCAAUAAAUCUUCCUUUAAUUUUGUCAAAAUUAUCUAGUUUUUGUAUAAAAUUAAACAAAAAUACCACAAAACAGAGUUAAACUCUAUUAUUUUCUAAACGUCCCAGUUGCAACUACAUAAUUAAAAGCAUAAAUUUACAACUAAAUUGGAAUAAAUUGGAUAAGUAAUUCACACAGCUGAAAAUACUUUGUAGCAACAACGCCGCGUGUCUGACCUCUCUACCGCAGUUACGCUGAGAGGCGUUAUGACAAAUUCGAUUGCGUCUGCAAAAUGCCCGUCUAUCCUAACGUCCGGCAAAUAUGGUAUGUCACAGCGUCACAGCAUUAUCGAUGAUUCCAAAGAGUAUGUGUUUGUUAAACUUACUGAUUCGGCAUUUCGUGCAAUUGAGGAAUAUCAGCGUAACGCUCAGUCGAAACGUUUACAAAAAGGACAAUGCGCCAAGAUACAAUUUACUGGAAAUACUGGCGUUAUACAAUUUCCACCCACAGCUGAUGCUUCAACGGCCAACGGAUCAGCCGAUGGACGGAAGUUCGGUUUUGCCAUCGAUGAUGUUGAGGGCUCGCUGGAAUGCAUACAACAGUCGGGAGCCGAUUUGGAUGUAUUGGGAUCUCUUAAUUAUCGUAUGCGCAUUCAUGCCAAUGAUGAUGUCUACGAUACGACAAGAACAAAAAUGGCCAUUGCCGAGGAGACGGAGAAGAGUAAGUGUAUACGUGAGAUUAAACCUAAUCAGACAGACAUUGGACGAAAGGUGAAAAGGCCCGUCUCGGCUGCUUCUAUACAGGCCUAUACGAAUGGCACGACAUCCAACUCUUCGACGUCAUCACUUUUAAAUGGUCUAAGUAAUGGUAAUAGCAGCAACAGCAUUAGUAGUAGCAUUAAUGGCAGCAGUAGUUAUUUAAGUAAUAGCAGCAACAACCACAUCAACAGCAGCAGUAGUAAUAGUAAUAGUCGUAAUAAAUUAUCAGCAUCAACGCUCAAUCAACACUCACCGCCACCAGGUGGUGCUGGCGGCGGCGGCGGAGGGGUUGGAGUGGGUGUUAACGGUUCACGUUUGUUAACAAAUGCCUCCUCUCUACGCUCUUCCCCCAAUCCGUCUUUAAUAGGUGGCAGUGGUACCGUGGGCGGCAGCAAUGGCAAUAGUAGUACUAAUCGCUAUGGCAGUCCUUCAAAUCUUCCCUCUUCCAACUUACCCUCGCUGUCCACAAAUAUGGCAAAUGGCAUUGGUGGUUAUUCUCCACCGGGAUCUGCCACUAGCAUCAAUCAUAUGUCGUCUUCGCUGCAUCCGCAAGCCAAGAAAGCGAAUAUGGGUAACGGUGUAAACAGCAGAGGCAAUGGCUCAGCCGCUAAAGGUUCGCUCGGCACUAAUGGCAAAGUGAAUGGCAAAACCCUUGAUGUCUCAAAGAGGAAAAUCCGUGAGCGUCUGAUUCACUUGUUAGCUUUGAAGCCAUUCAAAAAACCCGAACUCUAUACAAGGCUAACGAACGAGGGUUUGGCUCAACGGGAGCGACAACUAAUCAGUACGAUACUCAAAGACAUAUCGACAUUGUCGCGCGACAAUACCUACAACCUGAGACGUAGCAUGUGGAAUGAUGUUGAUGAAAAUUGGCCAUUUUUCUCGGAACAAGAGAUCCAACAAUUGAAAAGACGUAAGCCUCAGAAUCUAACACCACCUAUGAGCUCAGAUGCCGGUAGUUCAACGUCGGGUCAAAGCCCGACUUCUUCUACACAUACGGGGAGCCCGCCUCCUUUGGUGGCAACAGCCAAUAUGAAUGGUGGUGUAGGUGGUGGCGGCGGCAUGAAACGAACUAGUCUAGAGCCAGAUUUAUAUGAUGGGGCCUUAACCUUGGGUAUGCAAUCGAAAAAACAACGUAUAAGCCAUUACAAAAAGGAUGGAACUAGCAGUAAUAGUAAUGGUAGUAGUUUAAUAAAUAGCAGCAAUUUGGGCGCUGGCGCAAGAAUGGGUAUGGGAGGAGGUGGUAGUGGCGGCGGUGGUGGUGCAUAUAAUCAAAAUCAUCGAUCCUCAUCUGCAGCUUAUUCUCCCCACAACUACAAUACAGGCAAUACAAAUAAUGGCAACGACGAGAAUUCUGGAAAUUCUGAUUUAACAUUUAAUGUGCUCAAUAAUAUGGAUGAGUUUAUACAGCAUACAGCUGUGGUGGGAGGCGAUUCGACAUUUGCCGGACGUAGUAAAACUACAGCGGGUAAUAGUAAGAUAUCACCAUCAAUUAGCAGCAGUAAUAGUAAUAACAACAGUAGUUCAACGUCCUCAACGAAUGCUAAAGAGAAACGUAACUCUGGCGGAAGCAGUAGUUCAUCUAGUGGUUACGGCAGUAAUCGUGAAUCUUCGUCAACGUCAUCCACAUCUUCAACAGCUUCAUCAACCUCCUCUGCUGCCAUGCGUCGUAAAAAUUCCCCAACGCCAUAUGCUAAUAAUUUUGUGCCUGAAACUAAAAUUUCUUCAAACUCCAACGGUAGCAGCAGCAAUAGUAGGUUGAACAAACAGCAACAGCAAAGACAACAACAGCAGCAGUCAUCUCCUAGCUACACACACAACAACAAUAAUAACAUUAAUAAUCAUCACCUUCAUAAAGCAAGCAACAGCAGUAAUAGUGUCAUAUCCAGCAUGACUGAUGACUAUUCACCGCCAAUAAUAAACCACAAUUCAAAUACAUCAUCUAGCCGUUCACGGCACCAAUCAACCUCAUCCGGAACAACAACAACAAAUGGUCGUAAUGGUGAAUCUUCAUCGUCGUCGUCGUCAAGUAAACAUUCAAGAUCUUCAACGCCGACUCAAAAGCAUUUUAACAAACAUAGUAGUAACAGCAGUAAAAAUAAUUCUGCUACGACUAAUGUUCAGCAACAGCUGCAAAAUAAUAGUACUAAUAAUAACCAUCAUCAUAAAACACUGCAGCAGCAGCAGCAGGAAGAUCAGCAAGCGCUGUACAAUGCUGCCCGAACACCGCCCCAAACUGCCUCGCAUUCAUCGCAACAAAGAGAACAACAGGAACACUCUUCGCCCACACAACAAAUUGCCGCCGCUGCCUCGACAUUUUCGUUAACCAACCACUCCACAUCAUCGGGAGACGCACCUCGCUAUGAUUUUAGCAGUUACACGCCCAUAACCAGCAUCGAACAGAGGCGAAAAUACAAGACUGAAUUUGAGAGUGACUACGAUGAGUAUCGUAAACUUUUGGCACAAAUCGAAAGUGUUGGACAUCGGUUUCGUCAAUUGGCCGAUCGUUUAAGUCGUGUACAACAGGGUUGUAUCGAUUACUAUAAUAUAAAGGAACAAAUUGUUUCCGAAUACAAUCGCAUACGUCAAGAAGAGGCCAUAAAUCGCGAUAAACAGAGGUUUGAUUAUUUGCACGAAAAAUUGGCACACAUUAAACAGUUAGUUAUGGAUUAUGAUAAGAAAUUGACCAGUGGUCUGGCGGCACCUACAACAAACACAACAACCACUAACCAACAACAGCAGCAACAACCAGAGACACUAAACCAACAGCAACAAAUUACAGUUACAAAUACUUCAGCUCAUCUAUCUCCAAUGCUACAAAGCAGUGGUGAAAGCAAUCAUUCUCCACCGUUGGUGAUAAUGAAUCCUACAACAGUUAAUGGUGGUGGUGGUGCAGCUGUAAAUUCUAAGAGUUCUUCGUCAUCAUCUUCCCAUGGUAAAAAGAGUUCAAAACAUCAUCAGAAAAAUAAUCAUCAUCAGCAGCAGCAACAUAUGCAACUGCAGCAACAAGAACAUUAUCAACAACAUCAUGAACCAGAAACGAUACAAAUGGAUGAUGAGGACGAUGAUGAUGAAGAAGAAACAUCAAUGCAAUAUCAUCAACAUAACUCCUACAAUGGUAACGGAGUUGGUGGUGGUGUCGUUGUUGGCAAUAAUCAUUUAAAUCACCCACAACAUGUUACAAAUCCUGCAUCUUUAACACAUUCUAAUAAAAGAAAACAACAACAACAUGAACUGCAGCAGCAACACUAUCAGCCAACAACAUCAACAGAACAACAGCAAAAUCACAUUCAUAAUAAUGAUUCCGAUUCAGAUAGUGAUUCAAGCUCAUCAUCUUCAUCCAACGACGAUGACAACUCAGAUGAUGAUAAUUCGGAUGCCUCUGAAGAUGAUGAUGAUAACUCCGAUGAUGAUGAUGAUUCCAACGAUGAUGAUAAUGAUAACCAAUGAUCAAGACCAUAGCAAUGUACCCCCCUUGUUUUACUGAUGAUGACGACCAAACGCAAACAAACAAACCACUCUUAUUAUUAUUAUUGUUCUUCAACACUAUUACUACUACUUCUUUGGUUUAUAUGUGUAAAAUAAUUAUUAUUAUUUUUUUAAAUUUUUAAAAUAAUAUUAAAUGCAAAAUAAACAAAAUCGAAAUGUAUAAACUAAUUAAAAAAAUGAGCAUUAUAUAUGUAUGAGGAAAUAUGAUGUUACAAGUCCAAUUUAGAUCAAUAUGUUACAAGUCAAAAUUAGAUCAAUAAUUUGGUUACAAUAGAAAUCUUACGCUUUAUUAAUCAGCAUUAUUAGGAAAUCUUAUUUUACUGAAGCAUUGCUUCAUUACGAAUUACUGUUAUUGAAUUUGAAAAGAUUUUUCUCUACAUGAACUUUUGUGGUAAAAACAUUUUAAAAUGUAUUCAUACAAAUAAGAAGACAUGUAUUGUUAAACUUUUUGGAUUAUAAAGUGUUUUCUAUACGUUUGACGUUUAGACUAAAAUGAUUUCGUUGCAAUUAGUAUUGUGAUAUUCAUCUGUAUCGCCAAUAGAAGUGAAAUUUUCAUUCACCUUGAAGGGGAAAUAACUAUCUUGAACUUUAGGUUCAUUUCAAUUCAUUCACAAUAAUUGUUUUUGUUCGCAACAGCUGUUCAUUGUUUACAAAAUUCCAUAGAAAAAUUUCACAACAGGGAAAAAAGGAAACAUAUUUUUACAUGAAAUUUUGAUUGGCGAUAGGCGCAAUUGUAAGUUUUUCAGUAUUAAAAAUUAAUCUCUGCGGGUUUUCCAGAAUUUUUAUUAAAGUUUGGCCGUUUUAAGAUAAUUAUAUACAGAAGUUUAAUGGAAAUUUUCUAAAUUAAAUAAAAUUGUGGCAAAAUUGUAUUGAAUUUGAAAAAUCCUCUUAUUAGCUAGAUAAUUUAUUAAAUGAAUACCAAAGUGUUUAUAAAAUUUGUAAGAAUACUAUUUUUAAAAAGAGAAGUUUUGCUAAGUUACACAUUAAAUGUUUUCUUGGAAUCUUGUGUUUUUGAGUAAAAAAAAAAGAAGAAAUUUUCAAAACCUUUUAAUUAUUGCACUAAAAUUAUUUCUUUCGAAAAGAUUAACAAUUUAUUGUAAUGAAAAUAUUGUAAAUUUCUCUUUUUAAACAAAAUGUUCUACUACUUUCCUAAUUAAUCCAAUUUCCCCAAAAAAAAACCGCUCAUUUUUUUAAUUGUUUUAUAUAUUUCCAAAAAAAUAUAUAAAUAUAUAAAUUAAAAAGCAAAAACAAAAAACCACAAAACAAAAAACCUUAAGCAAAAAACAAUUCAAAACUAAAUACAUAAAAUAAAAACAAAAUAUGUUGAAAUUAUUUGUAAGCAUAAGUGAACUUAUACACAUUAUUUGCAAGCAAAAAAAAAAAUCCUCAAAAAAAUUAUAAGAAAAUAAAAAAGAAUUUUUUUAUAUACUAUAUAAUAAAUUUAUAUUUAAUUAUUAAAUAUUAAUAUUAAAAGAAAAAAAGAAAAGCUCCAAAAAAACAACAACAAAACACUAAAGUGUAAAACGCAAAAGUUUGUAAACAACCACACAUAAAAUCUUAUUUUUUUUUUUUAAUAAUUGUGUAAUAAUUAGCCAUGUAAGCCUUUUAUCAUUUAUUAUUUUUAAGUUAAAACAAAAAUUAUCUGUUUUAUUUUUCUGUUUUCAAAUUAAAAUAAACAAAAAAGCAAUUUUA